UAGAAAUGCGACUCAGAUCCUAUUUUGCCGUAUAAAAAGCUUGCGCAUCACCGUGAAUACAGACAAGACUGAAAACGACGACCAUUUGUCAUUUAUUAUAGAUAUUUAUACAACAAUUAUACAACGAUUUCCUCAUAUUCCAGGGCAGGAUUUCAGGCCGUUUGACAUAAACUGACAAAAUGAGCAACGAUAAUGAAGUGGACAUGAAAGACGUGGAGCUCAAUGAGGUGGAGCAGGAGAAGCAACCCAUGACGGAGGGGGAGGCUGGAAAUAAUUAUGCCAUCUCUCCUGUAUCCGAGAAGAAUGGCAUUGUAAAGGUGAAGAUUCCAGAAGAGGAGAGCAAAUUUACUGGGUUGAGCAAAGAAGAGCUCAUGAGAGUAGCUGGAACACCAGGGUGGGUUAAAGUUCGUUGGGCACUUCUGAUCCUGUUCUGGCUUGGUUGGCUGGGCAUGCUAGCUGGUGCGAUUGCCAUCAUUAUCCAAGCUCCUCGAUGCAAACCCCUCCCUGAGAUGAACUGGUGGAACUAUGGACCUCUGUAUCAAAUUGGAGACGUCAACUCCUUUUCAGAGUCUUCGGAUUUGAUGGGUGUGGCUGAAAAGGUUCAGGAGAUGGAUGAGUUGAAGAUGAAGGGUCUGAUCAUUGGCCCGAUCCAUGUGUCCAGUGCUGAUGAACCCGAGAAACUGAAAUUGACUGAGAUUUCUGAAGAAGCUGGUGAUCUGACACAGUUUCAAGAAGUCAUUAAGGCUGCACACAAGAGAGGUAUCUCUGUUGUUUUGGAUCUGACCCCUAACUAUAAAGGCAAAGAGCCCUGGUUUGCCGAUGCUGUCAGUACUGUGGUCAACCUAGAGUCUGCUCUGGUGCAUUGGCUAAAAGAAGGAGUGGAUGGAUUCCUCUUCUACGGUGUCGAGAAGGUGGCCACUGCAGCCCCAAACUUUUGGGAGGAUGUCAGAGUCCUCAUCCACAACCAAACAGAAUCGGCCGAAAAAACUAAAAAGGUCUUAAUUGGUGUUACAAAUCAGUCCUCUCCUGAUGACAUUCUUGCUGUGUUGAACAAAACUGGUGUGGACCUGCUCCUCACUAGUGCUUUAAGAUCCUCAUCUGCCCUGGACGUUGCCAGCACUGUUGAUCGCUUGCAUUCUGCUUACGGUCAGAACAGACUGGCUUGGAAUAUAGGUGGGCGUAUUGCUGGACACCUGGCUUCAUUGGUGGGCAUCGCCAAAGUCAAGUUAAGUCAGCUGCUGCUCCUCACUCUGCCAGGCACACCGGUGUUUAAUUAUGGGGAUGAGAUUGGACUGAAAGAUGAGGCGACCAAAAAUCCAAUCAUGGAAUGGAGCAGCUCUAAAAAUCAAACCGUUUCAAAAGAGAGGAAGGAUGAAAUGACCAAUUUCUAUGCGUUCUUCAAGUCUGUGAGUGAAGAAAGGUCAAAAGAGCGCUCUUUGCAGCACGGAGAAUAUUUGCUUUUGUUCAGCUCGACCACUACUAUGGCCUACGUGCGAAGCUGGGACCAGAAUGAACGCUACCUUGUUGCACUCAACUGGAACUUGACAGAAACGGUCACUCUUCAGCUGAAGCAUGCUGAGAUUCCUGAACAUGCUACAGUAGUGUUCAGUACUACUAAUGAUCAAGUUGGUAAUGUGCUUAACCUUGCACAACUAGAGGUGAAGCCAGGGCAAGGUUUAAUGCUGAAGUUUCCCUACACUUCCUAAAAACACAUCAUCAACUCUCAAUUAGUGUUAGGAUGUUGCUUUUACAUGCACUAUUAUUUGAUUAGCCAUUCUGUUACAAUAUUUAUAAUUUGAAGUACGAGAACACUGGUAUAUGUCGUCAGAUUGUACUGUUACAUUCAUCACAUCCACUGCAUGACUACUAAACAAAAUUUAAGCUUGUAGUGUUAUUAUUUUUUUUUUGUUACUUGGAAUACAUUCCAUAGGAAGAAAAAAUGAUUUGUUUUUUAAAACGCAUUGCAAUUCUGCACAAUAAAAAUGAUGAAAACUUACAUUUGUUUCUUCUAUGUAAAAGAUGCAUGAAAAUGAAAGCUGUGGACAAUAAAUUAAGUGGAGUAGUUAA